UCCAAAUGAGAAAUACAAAACUUGCAUCGAAUGCAAGUCCAUGAUUGAACCCGUGCAAGUGAACGUCGUGAACACACAUCUAACCUCGACUUAUGCGCAAUGCCGUCGAUAAACUUGAGCAUAGACGAGCCGUUGACAUGGUGGUCUUCGUCUUCCAGGGUGGGACGCCACCGUGAUAUGAACGUUGAAGAGGUGUACCGUGAAAGUCACCGACUUGCUGUAGAGCACUUGGUAGCAGGUGGAGUUGACGCGUACAUGGGAUUCUUGAAGACAGAGCGAGUUCCAAACUUUCUUUCGGAUGACGAGAUCAAAUUUAUCUUGGAGUCCGCCGUGAAUCCCGAAAGUACACCACAGCAGCCGGGAGAUGCCAGAAGUUAUGUGGUGCCCGACGCCACAUCUCUUGUCUAUUUCCCUGACGUGUCGGACGUUGUUGCCCCGUCUCUAGAUAUCGGAUGGUCCUCUGUCUCACCUGGCUCAUCCCGAGGUGUUACCACAGCCACUGCACACUUUCAACCGAACUAUAUACCCCAUAUACCUGUUGAGUGCAUUUACAGCUGCAAAGAUGCGGCCAGAAAGAUGAUAAAAGGCGCAAAAGAGGUAAUCGCCAUAGUGACAGACACCUUGACAGAUGUGGACAUCUUCCGGGACUUGCAGGAGGCCUGUACACGACGCAGAGUUCCUGUGUACAUCCUGUUGGACCUUGAGGCUGUGCCCUCCUUCCUGCAGAUGUGUAGCAAUCUCAAAGUGCGCUUGUCAGAACUCCAGAAAAUGCGUGUGCGGGCUGUCGGAGGCUUCAGGUAUUUCACGCGCACUGGAGCACGUAUCACUGGAAGGAUUCAUGAGCAGUUCAUGUUGAUAGAUGGGACCAAGGCUGCCAUGGGGACCUAUAGGUUUAGAUGGACAGAUGGCAGAAUCAACACUUGCAACAUGAUUGAGCUCACAGGUGACGUGAUUGAGCAAUAUGAAGUGGAGUUCCAUCGUCUCUACAAGAAAUCCCUCGCCGUGAACCCCAAGGCAGUACUCUCUCCCCCAGCACUCCAAGCAUCCACUCCCAGCCGGGCCUGUGUAAAGGUCGCACCGAGCCGUGCUCAGGCCCUGGGGGUCAUCCUGAACUCGCUCACCCCAGUGGCCAGUGUUACAUCACCGCACGCUAAUCCUCCAGGGUCUCGGCCUACCUCCUACAGCUCUUCCACCCAGACCUUAAGCCAGAGUGUGACCCGAGGCACGCAGACCGACCAGGGCUCGUCCCAUCGGCCACGUGUCCUCCUCUCCUCCUCCUCGAUGGAGACCGACUCGUCUGGCUCCGAGUCUGCGUGCUCCACACCCACAGAAGUCAGCCCAGGGCUGCUAACGAAGGCCUCGCUGGUAGUUAAUCCGCGCCCCACCCCGACACCUUCCAUCCUCAAGUUGUCCUGUCAUGGCCUGUCAACGGAUCAACUGCCCCGUCAGCAGAAUGCUUACCCCCCUUCCUUAAUUUCAAAUAUCAGCCAGAUGAGCCAGUAUACCAGGACGAACCACUUUGACCGGUCUGUUCCUUCCCUAAGGCCUGGGAUGGACAGGGGCUGUAAAAUUCAGCAAAAUAUGAGGCCUGGUCCUGGGUUGACAAUGGGGAGCCUACACAUGGCUAUGUCAGUGAGGUCUAGGUUUCUGCAGUAAAAACAUAAUAUGCAAUAGAUGAGAAGAUUGUAUGUAACUACAUGAAAAUGUAGCAACAACACCUAGAGAAAAGGGACAAGGGUACAAAAUGAUGCUGACUGCACUGAGGAAAACAUACAGUAGGUCAGCUAAUCUUAUGAAAGAUUUCUCUGAGUAAUUUCCCUUAAAAGUUGGCGUAGGUAGAGGAGGCCAAUCCAUGCACAUGACUUUUGUGUUUUCUUAAGGAAAACAGUCGUGAAUUUGAACAGGUUAUAUAGAAAUGGUUCCUUGAUCUGAAAAGGCAUAUGGACAGUAAAAGGGUUUCAGAUUGUUUUUUUUAUUCUUCUUCAUUUUUCUUUCAACUUUUAUCAUGCAAGUUGUAUCAUGCAGAAAGCUACUGCCAUUGUGGUAUCAGAAGAGGCUAUAGAAGGGGGCAUGCCAGAGGCUCCAAGCUACAGAGAAGACCUCUGGUGAGACGCGGCAAACAAAGACAUCUUUUGUACACUGUAACUUUGUGAACUGCCGCAGUCGUAUAGUGCCAAGAGUCUGAAGCAUGCCCCUACUUCCUGCCUCCUCUGUUUAGUCAGAUUGUGUAUGGAGCAAAUAAUUGUAUUUCUAAAGUACAGGACUCAUAUACUCAUGACUAAAAGCUAUCACUAAAUAUGACAUACUUGUUUGUGCAAAUGUGUCUUAAGGUUUAAAAAUAUGUGUUUUGAAAUACUUUCUUUCACGUGAUGUGCCAUGUUUACAGGGUGUGGGUUAUUUCUGCUACAUGAACGAAACUAACAGCAAUGAGGAAAUGAAACUACUUGGAUAACAUCACUGUGUGUGCCAUCAACAAGCACUAGUAAAAAGGGCUAUGUUGUCUACUGUUUGAAAAUGGGUAUAUAGGUAAUAGGUUAUGUGGCUGGACCAUAAGAUUUUUGUGUGUGUGUGAUUUCAGAGGGAAAACAAACACUGGUUUAUAUGAUGCAAUACACAGUCUAUGCAGUGUUUUCAUCUUGUAUGUAGCAAGUCAUGACCCAAUUCCAUAAUGAUUAAUAGGCUAAUCUUUUGUGUUCAGCCAGCCAAUGGCAAAUUAUUCUUUGAGAAAAAUACACAGGUAUUUUACCCCAAGUAGGUGCUAUUUUUGUAAAAUGGUAUCUGUUAUUUAGGGGAUCACUAUGGAUGUGGGUAUAUUUUCUUCUUUUUUUACUGCAAUGUACUGAUAAUAUGACAGUGCUUGGGACAGCGUUAAUGUGCAUAAUCACACAAGUUAUGAGACAUACUGUGUGGACACACCAAUGGUGUGAUGUUUAAAGUGUUAUGUGUUGUCUGUUCAAUAUCAUGAUAAUAGUAUGUUUGUAUGUGUUUUGAUAAUGCUGUGACAAUGAUAAUAAUAGUAAUAAAGAAAA